AUGGUCAAAGGGAAAGGCAAGCGCCCUUCCGGCGCUAAUGAGCCCAUCCCGGAUGGAGGUGUUUCGAUUUCCAAAUCCCAAUCUACGUCUACUGAGCCCCAGAUCGAUGAGAGCGCUUUCGCCGGUUUACGUCAGAAAAUUGAGCAACGAUUGAAGGAUCAGAGCUCCAACAAGGGAAAAUCGAAGAAGAACGACAAGUCAAAAGCCCCGGCUGAGGCUGCACCUACGAAGCAAGAGAAGGAGGCCGCCCCCAAAGCUGGUCAAUCCCAGGACUCUUCUGCGCAUGGCAAGAAGCGGGAUCGCAAUGGGGAGGUGAUUGCUCGGGAGGAGAAGAAGGAGGGAAAGAACAAAACUGGAAAGUUUUCAAAGAAGGUUGACGAUGAUGAGACCCUCCGACAAGAGAUUUUGGCUAUGGGCGGCACCGAGGAGGACCUUGACCUUCUUGCCGGUGUUGACUCCGAAUCAGAGGUUGAGGGUGUCAGCGCCAAAGCUGGGGACAAUGACCUUCGGAAAGAACUUUCAAAGAUGUUGGAGGCUGCUGGCCACGUUGUGCCGCAGGAUCUAGCAGAGGACGAAGUCGAGGAGGAGGAUGAAGAGGAGGCCGAGGAAAGCGCCGAAGAAGAUGAGGGUGAAGAUCAGGACAUCAGUGACGUCGAGAACAGCGAGCCUGAAGAUGUCUCCGAUAUGUCUGAGGUCGAGGAGGCGCCCAAACCUAAGGAGAAACAGCCCGAGAUGCUGAUUCCCAAGGAAUAUGCCACGCUGGCCAUUCUUCCUCGUUCCGAUUGGUUCGCAGCUCCUGUUCCCAAGCUUGCCAGCGGCAACGCGAAGCAAAUGACUGCCCUUCCUAGACACUUGGUCGACCGCAUCCACGAACUCGCCAAUUCGCUAUUACAGGAGGAAAACGAGAAGUAUGCUAAAGCCCAACAAACCUCGGCUUCGUCAUCCCACAAGUUCUACACCACUAUUAUGGCCUCGGGUACCCUGAGCGAUAAAAUCUCCGCAUUGACGCUUGCCGUUCAAGAGUCUCCGCUGCACAACACAAAGUCUCUAGAAGCCCUUAUUGCCUUGGGACGCAAGCGCAGCCGUGCGCAAGCAGUUGAGGUCCUCCGGUCUUUGAAGGAUAUGUUUGCUCAGGGAACCUUGCUGCCCAGUGAUCGCCGUCUGAGAGCAUUUGCCAACCAGCCAUCUCUUGUUGCUGCCUUCCAAGGUGCUGGUGGCCGCUGGACUGAACGAGACCCGCUCCCCGGUGGUCUGCAGAAGAGCCACCUCAUUCUUUGGGCUUUCGAGGAGAUUGUCAAGAUUCAGUUCUUCGAGGUCCUCAAGAUUCUGGAGAUCUGGUGUAACGAUGAGAUUGAGUUCUCACGGACUCGUGCAGUCAGUUAUGUCUACGAGCUUCUUAAGGAGAAGCCGGAACAAGAAGCCAACUUGCUGCGUCUGUUAGUCAACAAGCUUGGAGACCCUGGCAAGAAAAUUGCCUCGCGCGCCUCUUAUCUUCUCCUGCAGCUUCAGCAAACACAUCCCAUGAUGAAGCCUUUAAUCAUCAAGUCCGUUGAGGAGCUAUUAUUCAGACCUGGUCAGAGCCAGCAUGCGAAGUACUACGCCAUUAUCACCCUCAACCAGACCGUUCUCAGCUCAAAGGAACAGAAGGUUGCUGCACAGCUACUUGACAUCUACUUUGGCAUGUUUGUCACUCUCCUGAAGCCGCAGGCUAAGGAGCCUACCUACAAGGGAAAGAACAACGGCAAACUGGGCCAAAAGGGCUCAAAGAACAAGGCUCCUCCCAAGGGAGAAAAGGGAGAAGCCCAGACUGAUGAAAUGCGAGAGAAGCUGACCUCGGGUGUCCUCACUGGUGUCAACCGCGCCUACCCGUUUACUGACUCUGAUUCUGACCGACUCUCGAAGCACAUCGACACUCUCUUCCGCAUUACACACUCUUCAAACUUCAAUACCAGCAUCCAGGCCCUGAUGCUGAUUCAGCAGCUUACUGCCUCUCACCAAGUUGGCAAUGACCGCUUCUACCGGACUUUGUAUGAGUCGUUGCUGGAUCCCCGUGUCAUCACCUCCUCUAAGCAGUCCCUAUACUUGAAUGUUCUAUUCAAGGCACUCAAGAACGAUUUGAACGUUCGCCGAGUCAAGGCAUUUGUCAAGCGUAUCGUUCAAGUUCUCGGACUGCACCAGCCUGCCUUCGUUUGCGGUGUGUUCUACCUGAUCCGCGAGCUGGAGAAGACCUUCACCGGUCUUUCUUCUUUGUUCGACCAGCCCGAAGCGAAUGACAGCGAUGACGAAGAGGUCUUCCGGGAUGUUCCCGACGAGGAUGAUGAGCCGACUGUGCCUACUCCUGUUGUUGAAGCCCAACCCAAGAAGCAGGCCAACGGAUAUGAUCCCCGUAAGCGUGAUCCUGAACACAGCAACGCCGACAAGACUUGUCUCUGGGAAUUGCUGCCCUAUACUUCCCACUUCCACCCGUCCGUUUCUGUCAAUGCCGUGAAUCUCUUGGAGCACAACCCCAUGAGUGGCAAGCCCGACAUGACCAUCCAUACUCUUACCCACUUCUUGGAUCGUUUCGUGUACCGUACCCCCAAGGCCAACGCUGCUUCCCGCGGUGCCUCUAUCAUGCAACCUCUCGCUGGUGGUGAAGCUGCCGACCGGUUGGUGGAGGCUGCCAAGACUGGUCAGCAGGCUAUGCCCUUCAACUCCGAGAACUUCUGGAAGAAGAAGGCCGACCAAGUCGCGGCAGAGGAUGUCUUCUUCCACGAGUACUUCAACCGUGUCAACAAGGACAAGGUUCGUGCUAAGAAGGGCAAGUCUACUGAAGACCGUGACAGUGAUGAAGAGGUCGACCCUGAAGGUGCCAGCGACAACGAGGACGAGAUCUGGAAGGCCCUGGUUGACUCGCGACCUGAGCUGGAAGAUGGCGGUGAGAGCGAGGACGAUCUGGACAUGGAUGAUCUGGAAUCUGCCUACGAUGAUGACGAGGACGAGGAGGGUAGCGGUGACGAGGUCAUCUUCAACGACGAGUCCGAUGUGCCGUCUGACGAGGACAUGGCCGACUUCAGUGGCUUUGAAGAUGAGGAAGCCGAGGCUGCUCCUGCUGCCAAGAAGGCAGCCAAGAAGCCCACCAAGGAGAAGGCAAAGAAGGUGGACGAGGACGACGAGGACGCCUUCGACAUGGAUGUCUCAGACGACGAGGCAUUCCUCGACAGCGACGACGACCUGCCAUCGGACAUGGAGCUCGGCGGCGUGGAACUGGAAGCUCCCGAAGCCGCCCCUUCGGCCUCGGACUCGAAGAAACGCCGCAAGCUCAAGCACCUGCCUACCUUCGCCUCGGCCGACGACUACGCAGCCCUGCUCGCGGACGAGGAGGACGGCAUGUAA